CAAGGAUAAAGCACUGUGAGCCGUCACUUCUCCGAUAUCUGAUGAUACUGUGAAAGGAAUGGAAACAACUGUGAUACACUUCAUCCUUCUUGCAGUCAUCUCAGGUUUAACCAAAGGAGCUGGUGUGUUGCCUGAUGUUCUAAAUAAAGCUGUGGGAGAGACGGUGAUGUUCACCACAACAUUGACUCCACCAGAGAAACCAUUUCUAACAGUGGGCUGGGCAUUUGGUGAAAAACCUAUAAUCACUUUCAGUGGUGUAAACUUCACUGCACCAGAGUAUGAAGGCAGGAUCACCCUCUUCAUGUCUACUGGAUCUCUGGAGCUCAGAAAUGUGGCUCUAAAUGACAGUGGGGUAUACAGAGUUAGCAUUUUUUCAUCUGGAGAGCCACAGAAGACAGGUGAAACAAGACUGUACGUAGAUGUGCCAGUUUCCAAUGUAAUAGCAACAGCAAGCAGCACAGACUUGGUGGAGUUCAACAGCUCCAUCCGUCUGUCCUGCUCCUCCUCUGGAUCCUCUCUGUCUUUCCUCUGGCUGAACGGCAGCUCUGAGGUUACAGCCAGUGACAGAGUUCAGCUCACUGAUGGAGGCGCUACUCUCACUAUAGCUAACAUGACCCGCUAUGACCAGGGACCAUUCAGGUGUCAUGUGUCCAAUCCUGUCAGUGAUGGCACCAGUGAUCCAGUAAACCUCUACAUCAGCUACGGCCCAGAGAACAUUAACUUGACAAUUUCUCCAUCACAAGAAUACUAUACAGAAGGGUCAGACAUCAUCCUGAAGUGCUCAGCUGUCUCCAGACCUCCUGCCCUGUUUCACUGGUUGCUGAAUGGAGUCCUGCUGUCUGAUCCUGGACCAGAGCUCAGACUGGUGAACAUUCAGGAGAGUCAGAGUGGCAGCUACACCUGUCUGGCCUUUAACAGCAAAACUCUGAGAUAUGAAUCAGCUCCACCUGCAGCUGUAACUGUGCUGCUCAACAUAGAUGGCCCUGCAAAUAUUAAUGUGACAAUAUCUCUGUCACAAGAAUAUUACGAUGAAGGGUCAGACAUCAUCCUGAUGUGAUCAGCUGAUAGCUCUGUCUUUAGCAGAAAGAGGAUGAAGGAUGGCUCAGAUCUGAUCCUGUCUGACAAUAUAAAACUUUACGACAAGAACAGAGUGUUCUUUGACAGCCUGAAUAGAAAAGACAGUGUAGAAUAUUCCUGUACAGUCAGCAACCUUGUCAGCAAUGAUUAAGCGCAAUACUUAAUGGAUGUGGACUAUGGACCAGAAAAUGUUCAAAUCACAGGUCCAGGUGAGAUACAUCUGAAUGGGAACUUGACUUUAACCUGCUCUGCUGAGUCCAGACCAUCUGCCACUUACACCUGGAUACUGAAUGGGACAAAGAUACACAAUUCUGCUGUGUUCACUAAAGACAACACUAAACCCUCUGACAGUGGCACCUACACCUGUGAAGCUAUGAAUAAAGUGACCAGGAGAAAGUUAUUUGCAGACCAUGAAUUGUCUGUAAAAGAAGGGACGUCUGGAGGUCUUUCACCUGGCGCCAUCGUUGGAAUAGUUAUCUCAGUUUUAGUGGUUGUUUCUGCAGCAGCUGUUGGAGGAUACUUUAUUUAUAAAAAUAAAAUAAAAAACAAAGCUCCACCACCUUCUGAUGAUCAAGAAUUGAAAAAAAAAGAAGAACACAUGUAUGAAAACCUGGAAAAAAUAAGGACAACUACAGGUUGUGAAUUGUUGGCUCACUAUGUUCACAUUUCAGCAAGUCUUUGCUAUGGAGCCGGAGUGCUCCCCGUCGAUCUACUUAGUGGAGUAAAAGGAGAGAGUGUGACCUUCACAACAACCGUGAAACCAACAGCGCAACCAUUUCUGGCAUUGACCUGGAGCUUCAAUGGUACCACCAAUAUAAUAACAUCAACCAGUGCAGAUGUAGUGGGAGCAGGCUAUGAGAACAGGAUCACCCUGGAUAAAUCUACUGGAUCUCUGGUGCUUAGAAACCUGACUGAAAAAGACAGCGGAGAAUACGAGUUAAUCAUCAUCCCGUAUGGAGCCGGACAGAUUCAAGGAACUGCUAAGUUGGAGGUGCUGACCAAAGUGUCAAAACCCACCAUGGCCUGCCCGACAGAGAACGUAGUAGAAGGUAUAACCUCCCUGAACCUAACCUGCAAUUCUGACAGCUUCACGUCUAGAGUGUGGAUGAAGGAUGGCCAACCUCUGGUUGCUGGAGGAAGACUCAGCUUUCACGAUGGGAACAGAGUGUUGUCCAUCAGCCCCGUGAACAGGAUAGACACCGGAGAGUUUCUGUGUAAUGUCAGCAAUGACAUCAGCUUCGAUACCGCCAGAUGCAGACUUCUAGUCUAUUAUGGACCUGACAGACCAGUAAUUGUUCAGACGCCAAUAGGAGCAGAACUUGAAGAGCCCGUCUUUCUUAGCUGCUCUGCUGACUCCCUACCAAAGGCAACUUUCUUCUGGAAGUUCAAACACAUUAUGAUGUACGGGCCCAUACACUACAUCCAUGAGUUAGAACCAAGUCACCUGGGGAGCACCUCCUCUGUGAAAACACUUUCUACGCACCUGGAGACUGCAGGAGAUAUGGAAACAUCUGUGAUACUGGUGAUAAUCCUGGGAACCAUCUCAGGUUUGAGCCAUGGAGCUGGUGUGCUACCAGACAAUCUCAUUGCAGCUGUUGGAGAGACGGUGACGUUCACCACAACAGUGACUCCACCAGCUACUCCGUUUCUAAUAGUAGUGUGGAGUUUUUCCAAUAUCCACGGUGCUCAUUCUAAUAUACUAACCUCGAGCAGCACAGACAUAAUUGAGCCAGCGUAUGCAAACAGGGUCACCCUCUUCAGACCUACUGGAUCUCUGGAGCUCAGGAAUCUGACUCUUAGUGACAAUGGAGAAUACACAGUCAUGAUCAUACCAAAUGGCGGAGCACAGCAGAAAGGAAUUUGCACACUGCUCAUACUCGCACCAGUCUCCAAUGUGGUUGUAACUCCCAGCAGCACAGAUUUGGUGGAGCUCAGCAGCUCUGUCAGCCUGUCCUGUUCCGCUUCUGCUUCCUCUCCCUCUUUCCUCUGGCUGAACGGCAGCUCUGAGGUUACAGCCAGUGACAGAGUUCAGCUCACUGAUGGAGGCGCCACUCUUACCAUUGUCAGUGUGACCCGCUAUGACCAGGGACCAUUCAGGUGUCAAGUGUCCAAUCCUGUCAGUGAUGGCACCAGUGAUCCAGUAAACCUCUCCAUCAGCUAUGGCCCAGAAAACAUAAAUUUGAAGCUGUCUCCAUCACAAGAAUACUAUACAGAAGGGUCAGACAUCAUCCUGACCUGCUCAGCUGUCUCCAGACCUCCUGCCCUGUUUCAGUGGUUUCUGAAUGCAGACCUGCUGUCUAAUACUGGACCGGAGCUCAGACUGAAGAACAUUCAGAUGAAUGACAGAGGGAACUACAGCUGUCAGGCCUUUAACAACAAAACUCUGAGAUAUCAAAUAUCUCCACCUGCAGCUAUAACUGUGCUGGCACCAAUAUCCAAUGUAACGGUAAAUGCCAGCACGACAGAAAUUUUGGAGUCCAGCAGCAGCUCUGUCAGCCUGUCCUGUUCCGCUUCUGGUUCCUCUCCCUCUUUCCUCUGGCUGAACGGCAGCUCUGAGGUUACAGCCAGCGACAGAGUUCAGCUCAUUGAUGGAAACUCCACUCUCACGAUAAUUAAUGUCACACGCUACGACCAGGGACCAUUCUUCUGCCAUGUGUUCAAUCAUUUCAGUAACAGCACCAGCGAUCCAGUAAACCUCCUCAUCAUCUACGGCCCAGAAAAUAUCAAUCUGACAAUAUCUCCAUCGCAAGAAUUCUAUGACGAAGGUUCAGACAUCACUUUGAUGUGCUCAACUGACUCCGGACCUCCUGCCUUGAUUCACUGGUUUCUAAAUGGAGACCUGCUGUCUGAUACUGGACCAGAGCUCAGACUGGUGAACAUUCAGAAGAGUCAGAGUGGGAACUACAGCUGUCAGGCCUUUAACAACAGAACUAGGCCUAUGAGAAAUCAAACAUCGCAGACUGCAGCCAUCUCUGUACUAAAAUCUCAAAUCUCCAAUGUUGUAGUGACUCCCAACGCCACAGAGUUGUUAGAGCUGAGCUCAGUCUCUAUGUCCUGCUCGACCUCUGGAUCUUUCCCCACUUUCCUCUGGCUGAACGACAGCUCUGAGGUUACAGCCAGCGACAGGGUUCUGCUCAAUGAUGGAAACUCCACUCUCACGAUAAUUAAUGUCACACGCUACGACCAGGGACCAUUCUUCUGCCAUGUGUUCAAUAAUUUCAGCAAUUACACCAGCGAUCCAGUGACACUCUACAUCAGCUUUGGCCCAGAAAAUAUUAAUUUGAAGCUGUCUCCGCCACAAAAAUACUUCAAGGUUGGGUCAAACAUAAACAUGACGUGUUCAGCUGACUCCAGACCUGCUGCCCAAUUUAUGUGGUUUCUGAAUGGAAGCCUGCUGUCUGAUACUGGACCAGAGUUCAGACUGAUGAACAGUCAGAUGAAUCACAGUGGACGCUACAGCUGUCAGGCCUAUAACAGCAAAACUCUGAAAUAUGAAAAAUCUAAGCCUGCAGCCAUCUCUGUACAGACACCAAUCUCCAAUGUGAUGGUGAUUUCAAACAACUCACACUUGGGCCUGUUUGAGUUCAACAGCUCUGUCCGUUUGUCCUGCUCCGCCUCUGGAUCCUACCCCUCUUUCCUCUGGCUGAACGGCAGCUCUGAGGUUACAGAAAGUGACAGAGUUCAGCUCACUGAUGGAGGCGCCACUCUCACUCUAACUAGAGUGACCCGCUAUGACCAGGGACCAUUCAGUUGCAACGUGUCGAAUGGUGUCAGCAGUGAAAUCACCCAGCCGGUGAAUCUUUUCAUCCAACAUGGACCUGACAACAUGGCUAUCACAGGACCCAGUUCAGUGCGUGUUAAAGAUUUCACAAUGCUUUACUGCUCCACGAUGUCUGUACCAUCACCAACGUUCAUCUGGCUUUACAACGGGAGGCCAACCAGUGUCCGUGAGGCUGCGUUCGUCAUAAAAUCCAUCAGACCCUUUGACGGGGGGACGUUCACCUGCACUGCUGUGAACGCUGUUACAGGGCUGAAUCAAUCAGUGAGCCACAAGUUAACUGUUGUAGAUUACUUAGACUGUGACUGCUCAACUGCUGCCGGGAGAGCUACCAUCAUAACAGCUGGAUGCUUUCUUCUUAUUGCUGUAGUUGGUGGAACAAUUGUGUAUGGCAUGAUGAGGAGGAACAGAAACAGCAGCGACUACCCAGCACAUCGACAAGAAUCUCUGAGCAUGAGGAACAGACGUUCAGACGUGUAUAAGAUCUCAGUGACAGCACAGAAUGGCUUGACUUCCUUUGACGCAUGAACAAAAUUAGGAAACACAAACACACAUACUGUAAGAAGACGGCAGUGUUAUUGUUUUUGUAUUUAUUUAUUCAACCCAACCAUUUUCUGCCUCCUUCAGAUUACACUUCAUUGUGCUGAGUUUGAUGCACAGCUGCAUUGCAACUUUUUGUGUAACCUGAUUUUCUGAUCAUAUCUGAUGGUUUGCAAGAAUUAGUUCAAGAUGAACACUUAUUCUGAAUAUAUGUAAGAAAUUACAAAAGGAAAAAAUGAUUAAAAGUAUUUAUUUAUUUAAAGUAAUAUAGUAGUAGUAGCAAAA